AUGCCUGAGUCCCUUCCCCCCUUGUCUCCUCCACCUGAAUCACCAUUGACCUCUGAGUCUGAGUCCGACAUUCCAGAAUCUCCAACACCAGCAGAACGAAACACGACACGACGUGGACAUGGACGUGCCUGUGCCUCAUCGCUUCCACUUAGUCCUCUGCCUGUACCACCCCUCCCUGGAUUACUUCAAACCCAAGUUGCUGACACGACUGAUGUCCAUACCUUGCCUCCACUGUUGAGUGACGGCCUCCAGCCAACAUCUCCAAUCACUGGAAGAACCAAGGGAGAGCGAGCUGCAAAAAAUCGCAUGAAAGGCCAGAGAAAGCGCAAUGCUACACUGGCUCAGAAAAAAGAGGAGCAAGCGGCUCAGCAAGAGGAAGAAAAGGCUCAGCAGAGCGAGGCCGAGCAGGCGAAAGAGAGGCACAAGCUGAGGUUCUUUGAUGAUACCCUCGAUUCCCUUUCAUCCCGUGGAUAUACAUUGGGACAACUGGUGCAGUAUGUCUCAGAUCCAACUCACGGCCAAGGUCAGGCGCGUUGGGAGAGUCUUUUUCGAGACCGGAAAUCUGUUCCGUCAAUUCUUGAACUUUGGGCUACCAAGGGCAGUACAGUUUCAAAGGAACAAGUUCAUACCUGGGCUGUAGAUUUCAUGUCAGAGGAGGUUAAGCAAGAAGCCCAAAGAAUCACGGAGUCAGGCUAUCUUCAGACCCUGAAACGAAAGGUGGACAGCACAUUAGUCCUCAAUUUCGACCUCAAGACCAUAUAUGCGCACCUGACAUGCAAUGGGUCCAUCUUCAUGAACAUCCUUCAGUCUCUUGCAACCUCGGCUUGUCAGCUCAAGAGUGCACCGAUAGAGCGUAUGGCUAAAAAGAUAAAGAAGGUCAUUGGCCUGUAUAUGUACAGCACUGGCUCCCAACGCCAACCGCUCAGUGUGAUGUCGCACUUGGGUCUAUCUGAAAGCUAUGAUGCAAUUACUGGAAAACAGCGUCGGAAGAAGAAAAAAGCGGCCACUAGCGAUGCAUUGCCGCUGAUUGAAGAGCUUCUGAAGUCAAAAGGAGGGACCCUCCGUCAACUCUCACGCUCGAUGGUGGAUGCCGCAUCUGCUGUAGCAUCAACAGGCCUUUUUGCCACUUCGUAUGAUAAUAUCAACAUGGUGUUCCGUGCAGCUGAGCAGAUUGUUGGGUGGACAGAUGCUCAGGAGAAUGGCACAUGUGCCACAAUUUGGCUGCUGUGGAAGGCAAGACUGGAAGACAUGAAAGUCGAGGACCUGACUUCCACCUUUGAUCAAGCACCCCUGCUCUCUAUUCAUGAUGUAAUCCUUUCUCCAGUGGAGGCCACUCAGCUCAAGUUAAACCUCCAACAUACUAUUUCACAGAUAAUUGUGACAUAUGGUGGUGAGGGUUUUGAGAAGUUUGGGGAUGAUCUUGCACGCACACUGCCAGUCAGUGACGAGAAGAUUGAGCUCAACAAAACACCACUCCACCCUCUCCCAGCCAUGGAUAUUGAUGAGUCUACAAUCGUUGGUGGGGCCGAGGUUGUGGAAACAAUUUUUGACAUACUCGGGAUUCGCAAAGUGAAGGGCUGGCUUGGGACCAUCAAGUUUUUUUGUGGCGAUCAGCUUACUAUCGCUCGGCUACGGGCACUUGUCAAUAUUCGGGCUGGCCAUGAGGGAGGCUAUUCAGGCUUUGGGUGGGGUGUUUGGAUGCCAGGACUUUUCCAUGCGAAGAUGGCUGAUGUCCAUGGCUGUCUUCUGACACAUUGGGGGAAACCGUCUGCAGGAACUCGAAAUCCAGGAUGCUUGGCCUUUCACAACACAGUUCUCCAACGUAAGCCCAUCACCAUUACAUCCCCCCCACCCUUUCGCACAUGCCGUGAUCUUAUCUUUGUGUCACUCUAUGCCCGGGUCCUGCACUGUCUGCUUCUUGUCUCAAAGAAGGCAUCUCUCAAGGAGUGUCUCGAGGAUUUGACGUGGGCCCAACUUGAACUCUACUCAACAGAAAUCCUCGAGAAAUUUGGAAGUGCGGACAUUGUUUCUGAGCUGAGACAGAAGCGGAAACAAGCUGCAGCGAAGCUGACCACAGAGACGCCAGUGCAUGACGGUGACAUGGUGUUCGAAAAUGCUGUUCUCUUCUUUCGCGAUGCUCUUCUCUCGCAUGAGUUCACAGAUGCUGUCAAAUCUGGGGACUCAGGCCGAGUUUUAUUAGUUCUGAAAACCUGGGCGCUUAGCUUUCGGGGAAGUGGCCGAACAAAAUAUGCACAUGAAAUGUUGCAUUUAAUCCAUAACCUUACCCAUGUAUGGCCCAGGGAAAUCCGAAACAUCAUCCUCAAUAACUGGUUGAUAAAUCCCACUGGGAACCCAAAUUCAUGGAUCGAGGUUGACCUUAUGCAGGAACACAUGAAUUUUUGGAUUAAGAAUUUCUACCGAGCCCAUGGCAGCUCUGCAUCAUGGGAAUGGCUCGAAAUGGUGGCCCCAUGUGUUGAGAUCCUUCGACAGCUUGCUCGUGGGUUUAAACAGAUGCUCGAGUCGGACUUAGGGACUGCCCACCAUCCUAUGGACUUGUCCCAUGAUCUGCCUGAUCUCAUGGAUAAUGAGGAUGAUGCCCCAGCAGUCGAUAUCAUUUCCUCUGGGCUCAAGGAUCUUCUCAAAGGAAAAGAAAGUCCUUUAGUCAACUAUAACGACACGUUCCAUCACCUCCAGGCAAGACGUCGCCUCAAACCGUUGGUGGGAUCCGAGUCGGAUGAGGACGAGGCUCCUGCUGCUCAGACAUCACUUGCGACCACUGUCGAAGUUCUUCGACACUCGGAGGAUCCCAAACUCGAGGAUCCAGGAUCGCAGGAAGGUAGUUCAGAUGACUUCAACUCCGACUCUGGCUCGGAAAACUCAGAUGACGAAGAGUCCGAGCACCCCGGUGAGUUCCUACAAGAGUUUGAAGACGGGAAUGUCCAAGAAUUAUCCCUCGAGUCUGCAGCGGAUGUCUGCCUUGACAUGGAUGCUGAAGAUCUUGCCACUUGGAGCAUGAACAUGACUCAGAUUUGGACACUGAUGAAGAAGGAGGCUUUGUUUAAACCGCUUUCGCAGCUGAAAGCUGAUGACCGAAAGCGGAUGGUCACGAGCCUAUUGGUGCACAGGUACUUCAGAUGCUUGCCUAUUGAGUAG